AUGCCGACCACAAGUCCCAACCACGACCGCCGCACCCUCAUGGAACGCCUCUCCGAUGCCCUCGUCUACGUCCUCGCAUUCCCCUUCAUAAUCUUCGGUAUCGCACUCAAGCGCGCAUUCACACAAGGAGGCGAACACCGCUCGUACCGGAACAACCUGCCUGAGCAGAAGAGGAUCUAA